CAAUCGUGGCUUAUUCUUACAGCUGCUGGCCUUAAGGAUUGCAACUGGAGUCUACAAUACAGCUCGGGGACAAUUAUCUGUUCCUUGCGCUCCUUCUACAAAAUUCAGCGAGCAGCCUCCUUCGGUUAACGCAAUAGUGUGUUCCUAUUACUCUGGCGCCAGCAGUGCUGGCCCGGAAUAUGCCGUCCUGCUGUCGCCAAAGGACGGUGCACAAUUCAUUCUUCCUCGGGAAGGCGCUUCGAACGGCAGUGGAGUGCGUGUUCGCCCGGUUUCUGUAGUCGGCGGGCCUGAUUCUAUCAACCUUAACUUGGUGGUGAUUUCGCGCGGACCGGAUCCCUACGACACUGCUUUGGACGCCGCCAAGCACCUUGCAAAAGCCACAGGCGCCCAACCAGACGACGUGCGCACCUACAUGUUGCCGCUGAUGGACUGCGUCCACCGCAUGCGCUACGACGCCUCCAUAGCAGCUGCGUCAGCACCCGACAAGGAGAAACCGACGGCCUUUGUCUGCCCUGCCGCCGCCACGGCCGCCGCGCUGGAGCAGCAGCUGCACGAGGGCUUCCUGGUGCAGGAAGGACCCGGCUGCCCCGCCAAGCCCCUGCUGCAGGCCCCAGGACUGCGGCUGUGCCCGGGCAUGAGCGCGCCGCUAGGGUUCCGCUACUCGGGCAGGAGUGUGGUGUACGGGAAGGCCACCGGUCACGUGCUGGCCGUCAUGGACACCGCCGCGGCCCUCAAGAUGGCGCCCGCGGCCGGUCUCCGUUCCGCCGCAAGCAGCGGCUCCUUCGCGCGUGCCGUCAGCCUUGGCCUGGACUCCCCUGCCGGCGUCUCCGCUGCCGCCUCCUCCGCCUCCGCCUCCACCUCCGCUGCGCCCUCACCCGCAAUGUCACGAUGCAAUAGCGCCGGCGCGGCCCUGAGCGACGUGGCCGUCUUGGAGCCACUGGGUACUGCUGCAGCCUCCUCAGCUGCGCUGGCGGGGGCAGAUGCAGCGGCAGGAGGAGGGUCCCCCCCGCCGAGCAGUGCUGCCAUGGCCGCCGCUCCUUCCGCCGUACCGGUUACCUCGCUGUCCGGUCGCAGCAUCAUCGCCGCGCCAAUCAUACAAGUGGUGGCAUCCACUGGCGCGGCUGCCGGAACCACCACUGUCCAGGCUGCAGGUGCCGCUGCUCCUGCUGUUCCUGCUCGCCGUUCCUCCUCCUCGCUGAGCCCCUUCGCCAACGACAUGAGUGACAUGGAGACCAAGCGCGUCGCAUCCUCCUUCGCAACGCCCACCGGCGCCGCCGCUCAAGCGCUCACUAGUUUCGCCCUUGUGGGAGUCAAGGCCGCGGGACGCCGCGAGGGCGCCAUUCGCUGCUGCCGCAUCAUGCCCGCCGCCGCAUUGGCCAGCAGUACGACACUUGCCGAGUCGCCCUCGACGUCCCGCGGUGCUGCGUCUGCUGCUGGCGGCAGCGGCAGCGGUGGCCUAGGUCUGGUCGUACAAGUGGAGCUGACGGCGCCCUUCGCAGC